AUGUACAUUUUGAAUGAUGUGGGUUUAAAAAGCAGUAUUAGCAAAUCUUCUACUUUUAAUCCACCGCUACUGCAUACUAUUAAUGUGUUUGAAAUGCAUUAUGAAAAUGACAUUAGGCGACUUUUGAAACAGAAAAAUGGGCACGUUUAUUAUAAUUUAAGCUGCAGCGAAGAGAGGGCUUUAAAUGAAUUGGUUCAAAACAGUGAUAUACACUACAUGAAAGUGGACAAAGGGGGUGGGAUUGUUGUAAUGAAUGUUACUGAUUAUAACGAUGCAAUGGUGAGAAUUUUACAGAAUGUUGACGGAUAUAGAAGUGUUAGAAAAUAUGAAAUAACUAGAUGUUAUGGGUACAUCUAUAAUAUUUUGUAUGAUUUAUUGAUGAAUAGUGAAAUCAACAAUGAGUUGUUUGAAUUUUUGUAUGUUGAAAAUCCUAAAAUUGAGAAGCCACAUAUACGUGUGAUACCCCAAGAGGAAACUCGCAUUGGAAGUAAAGUGACUAUCGAAUGUAACAGCAGUAACAGCAGAAACAACCUGACACGUUGUUGGUUCUAUAAAGAUAAUAAAUGGCUUGGGCAUCUGUUACACUCCUCCAGUACAUCUGCUGUUCAGUACGUCAUACAGAAUGCUACAGCACAGGAUGAAGGGUCCUACACUUGUCAAUGCUACAAGGCACAGAAUCAGUCUACGGAAACAAGCAACCCUGUUAAAUUAGCCAUAAACCAAUUUCUGGAGAAGCCACAGAUACGUGUGAUACCCCAAGAGGAAACUCGCAUUGGAAGUAAAGUGACUAUCGAAUGUAGCAGCAGUAACAGCAGAUACGACCUGACAAGUUGUUGGUUCUAUAAAGAUAAUAAAUGGCUUGGGCAUCCAUUACACUCCUCCAGUACAUCUGCUGUUCAGUACGUCAUACAGAAUGCUACAGCACAGGAUGAAGGGUCCUACACUUGUCAGUGCUACAAUGCACAGAAUCAGUCUACGGAAACAAGCAACCCUGUUAAAUUAGGCAUAAACCAAUAUGAUCACACUGUCGUAAACCUCAUCCGUCUUUGUCUCGGUCUCAUUGUUCUUCUCUUGAUGGUUAUUUUUACACUUGAGUCAACAUUUGGACAGAACUAAACUAGAACUGCUGAAUACGAUGAAAUGAUCCUGCAACAAUGCUGUUUCUAAAUAAACAUAUUUUCUGCUAAAUAUGAUGAAAUGAUCCUACAACAAUGCUGUUUCUAAAUUAACAUAUUUUCUAAAUCAUCUAUCUAGGACUUGCAUUCUGCUUGGUCCCUCACCAAAGCCAUGAAAAUAGUCAAAAACUAAACUCACCCUGCCCAUGCUCUGUUCUUAUGUUUCUCUUCAGGCAGGAGAUACCGUAGCUUAUGUUGAAAAACCACCAGAUUUAAUAGAAGUUUUUUUCACAAGCCAUCAGACUUCUGAACUCCAGUAAUAACAUACAUAAUGCUGGUCAUCAAGGUCUGGAGUUACAAUGCUGAAAAUAGUUCACAGACAUAUGCAACAAUUCUAUGAAAGUACAAUCUUAUAUCUUAUGUGUAAUAGUAAUGAUGCCAAGUUAAUAUUUUGUGCAAUAUGCCAAGUUAGCAUUCCAUACAAUUUGAAAUCUGUCUAAUUUUGAUCUGUGUAAUAUAUUAUCUGUGCAAUAUUUUGGGUACUGAUGAAGACAUGCAAGUGGAAUAGUCUUGGUGAAUGUCAUUGUACUUGUUACUGCACUGCAUAAAUGUCUUACUGUUGCUAUUGUUGUGUUAGCAUUAGUACAUGUGUUAUUGCUGUUUUAAAAUUAUCAGCAUAUGUUGUAUGGACAUUGAGUUCGAAGUAAUGCAAUUUCAUUCAGUUGCACUUGUGUUGUCUAAAUAAAGUUCACUUUGACUUUGA